CACACUUUCAGUCACUAUAAAAUACAGAGCAUAUAAUUACUCAGUCAUCAACAAGUGUCCAUCAAGGAAAGAUUCAAAAAUAAUAAUAAUACGAGAUCUUAUCAUCUCAAAAUUAAUCAACAAAUUUACGGUUCAAUUGACAAAAUUAUAUCAAUUGAUAACCAUGAAAGGAAUUAACAUCGCAAUAUUUGUUUUACUGCUAAUAAGUAGUAAUACAGAUGCCAAAGGAGGACGAGGCUCUAGUGGAGGGUCACGUGGUUCAUCUUCACGAGGGAGCAGCUCAAGAGGAAGCAGUAGUGGAGGUGGCUGGUUUGGAAGUUCAAGAUCUUCUCCUUCAUAUUCAUCUCCCUCAUAUUCAAGACCUUCACCAUCAUACACUUAUAGUGCACCAUCUCCAUCUUACACAUAUUCUCGUCCAUCACCUUCACCUUCCUAUACACACAAUUCACCAUCGCCUUCUUAUGGAUGGAAUACAGGGGGAAGUAGUCCAAGUGGAAGCAGCUUUGGUUCAAAUACAGCUUCCAAGCCUUCAAGUACAAAUUAUGGAUGGAAUGUAGGAAGUAACACUGGAAGCACGAAUACAGGAUUAAAACCAGGAACUAAUAUUGGAUGGAAUUACAAUAAUCCGUCAGCACCAGUUGGACCUCCACCAUCGUACCCAGGCAUGCAAAAUCGUCCAGUUCCAAGCCAUAAUUCUCCCCCUUCCUAUUCGCCAAGUUAUAAUAAUCCACCAGCAUAUAGUCCUUCACAUUUUAAUUCUCCAUCCUAUAAUUCACCAAGCUACAGACCAUCACCGUCUUACAGUCCAUCUUACAGUUCGCCAAGUUAUAAUAGCAGACCAUCUCCUUCAUAUGGCAGUGGAAGUAACAUUCCCAGAACUAAUGUAUAUGGAACUCAUUCAUCUAGUCCUGGAUACUAUACAAACAGUCAUCAAAACUAUUACGGAAAUACUUUUGGAAGUCAAGGUGUUCCUGGAAAUACAUAUAUCUCAAAUAAUUAUUAUGGGAAUCAACGUUCAGGUGGAUCAGGAUUUUUAACUAAUGCUAUGUUCUAUGGUGCUGGUAUGCAUAGUGGAUAUGGAUGGGGACGAUCAAGUGGUUAUAAUAAUUAUGGACAUAAUGGUUAUUAUGGUAACUCUGGAUAUGGCAACAGUUAUGGAUAUAGUCGAAGACAAUGGGAUGAAGAAGAGGAUAGAAAAUGGCGACAAACUACUCGUGCUCCAUAUUUUGAGAAUAAAGUUCCUGGAGAGGACAAAAUUCUGCCUGCUAGUGCCGUUAUUGGUGCUGCAACUGCAUUCGGAUUGGCUUCACUACUUCCUCUCAAUGUUCCAUCGAAUAAACCACUCAUGUAUUGUAAUAAUACUGACCUAAUGCAGUCACAAAUUCAGAUCAAUAAUGAAUACAUCUAUCACUGCAUUAAUGGAUCAAUUGUAGUUUCGUGCUUAAAACAUAGCGAUGACAACUUAACUCUAAAUAUUGUUAAAGAUCAAAUCCAGGCAGAUUUAAAUCAGACAAAGGAUAUCAUGAAUCAAACUGAAGUUAUUGGAAAUCAAACAGGUCAAAUUUUGACUCAAUUAAAUCUGGUAGAACCUUUUUUCAACCAAACCAAAGCUCUAUUAAAUACAACAGAAUCUAAGUGUUCAGGAAAUGUGGUGAUCAUGGAAUGUGAUUUGUCUGACGAAGAAGUGACUGGAAAUCUCUAUUGUAAGAAAGGCACACUGAUGAGUAAAAACUUAAUAUUCUGCAACGCUACAACACUCCUAAAUGGCACAAUGAUAGUUAAUGGAACUAGUAUAAAUACAACAACAUCAAUUCUCAAUUGCUUUGAAGGUCAAGUACCAGAAAAACAAGCAUCAUUUAUUCCAACGACUACCCAAGCGCCAGUAACGACAACAGAACGGUCAUUGUCAUUUGGAGCUAGAGCUCAUAUGUUCUUCCUUAGCAUAAUCGGUAAAGAUGAUAUUGUAAACCAAAAGCAAAAAGCAGAAGAUAUUCCACAAUUAUCAGAUAAUGAAACAUGGAUUCCUGAGGCUUUAACUCUUCCUCCUGAAACUACCACUGAGUCUACAACCACCACAACAACAACUGAAGCCCCAUUUGAAUGGAUGAUGAUAGUUAAAAAUUUCCAAUAUCCAAAUGGAACUUUUGGAACUACGCAUUCUCCUGUUCCGAAAUUCCUUUUUGACGCACGUGUUUUAAUGAACGAUGUUCUUACAAGCAUGGGAAGUACAACCACAAUUGAUCCUAAUUGGUUCAAACUUUACAAGACAACAACUGAAUUGCCAAUUGAAACCACUGAAUCCACAACAACAGAAGCGCCAUUCGAAUGGAUGAUGGCUGUACCAAAAGAAUAUGAAAAUGGAACUUAUGGAACCACACUUAGACCUGUUCCAAAAGAAUUGAUAGAAGUGCAAGAUAAUAUUAGAAGGUUGCUAAAUAGAAUGAGUAGCGAAUCGACAACAUCCAAUCCACUUUGGAUCAAAGUGUACAAAACCACUGAAUCAUCAAAUGUAACUGCAAUAGAAUCUGUAAGUUCGUCAACAGCAGAUGAUGAAUCGUAUGAAUGGAUGCGAAGAAAGUUACAACAAGGAAGUGACGGAAUUGAAUUGGAACCAGUUCCUGAAGAUGAAUUGAAGAUAACUCAGAUGCAUAAUUAUACAAUCCCUUUAGAUUGGGUUAAAGUUCCUAAAAAUAAGACUAUGGAAACAAGCACUCUAAAUCCCUAAAUUCAUUUUGGAUAUAAGUGAUUUAUAAGAUGUAAGCUUAAGAACUGAGUCCUCGAAUUUAGAGAUUUUAGAGAUUCAGUUCCAAACCUUAACCAUUCCUAGCUUAGAAUCUAAAUUGAAUAUUACUGCAAACUUUGCAAUAAUUAUUAAAGUUUCAUUUGACCCCAAAAUUUGAACUUUUCAGCUCCAAAACUUAACCAUUCCUAGCUUAGAAUCUAAAUUGAAUAUUACUGCAACGUUUGCAAUAAUUAUUAAAGUUUCAUUUGAACCCAAAAUUUGAACUUUUCAGCUCCAAACUUAACCAUUCCUAGCUUAGAAUCUAAAUUGAAUAUUACUGCAACCUUUGCAAUAAUUAUUAAAGUUUCAUUUGACCACAAAAUUUGAACUUUUCAGCUCCAAAACUUAACCAUUCCUAGCUUAGAAUCUAAAUUGAAUAUUACUGCAACCUUUGCAAUAAUUAUAAAAGUUUCAUUUGACCACAAAAUUUGAACUUUUCAGCUCCAAAACUUAACCAUUUCUAGCUAAGAAUCUAAAUUGAAUAUUACUGCAACCUUUGCAAUAAUUAUUAAAGUUUCAUUUGACCACAAAAUUUGAACUUUUCAGCUCCAAAACUUAACCAUUCCUAGCUUAGAAUCUAAAUUGAAUAUUACUGCAACGUUUGCAAUAAUUAUUAAAGUUUCAUUUGACCACAAAAUUUGAACUUUUCAGCUCCAAAACUUAACCAUUCCUAGCUUAGAAUCUAAAUUGAAUAUUACUGCAACGUUUGCAAUAAUUAUUAAAGUUUCAUUUGACCACAAAAUUUGAACUUUUCAG